AUGACAUCAGGCUUUGCGGCGUUUGCUCGGUCAGAGUGGAAUGACCAUGUGUCGUAUGCGGUGCAGCAUGGCGAGGCUGUCUAUCAGAGAUUCAAGACUACGCGGCGCUCCCUUGGCUACGCCACCAGCGAUCCUGUCAUCCCAUCGAAAGGGAUGAUGGCAAGGCGGAUGAGUGGGGCUGAAGCUCACUUGCUUGGGUCAAAGGAGUUUGCGAUUCUUCAGUUGGACGUGGACAUGCAGCGGUUGUUCGAGCGAGGCCUGUUGGAGUUCAAGCCUGGUUGCAAGUUCUGCUGCCUACUCGAUCGCAACAUCUUGCGCGAAGCGACCCUCUCCUUUUCUACUAUCAGCGUCAAGAUUUCGGAAGAGGGCGACGCUGUGAAGUCCUUGCCGGAUGAGCCGCAUUGCUACUUCUCGGACUUGCACUUGUGCGUGUAUGCAGCCUGGCUGGCUGGUGGCAAUAAAGGAAGCGACAUCAAGAUCGAGCGCGUUGCUGCCAAUGAUCUUCCGCAAGGACGCGCCCGUUACCUGAAUAGCAAGCUUGAACCACAGGAAGCGCAAGGCAAUUUGCCUGCAUGCAUUGACCCAUCAGAUGUCUUUUUGCACGCAGAUGAUGAUAUCCAAGGCGAGGUUGAGGACAGGUGUGUGCCAGGGCAAUGGCUUCCAGGCAGCAACGUUGGUUCUUGGAUUAGUCCCUUUGCUCCCAUCAGUCAACAAGCUUUGGUCCUGAUCGGAAAUGCAUGGACCAACGUUUUUCGGGUACCCAAAAGAAUUCUCAAAGCCUGUCAAAGCUAUUUGCCGAAUAUCAAGGGCAUGAACAGGUGCUCUUUGCAAGUGGCCUUUGUCAGCCAGCUGCUGGCAGUGUCGCCGCACAGUGUCCGAGCUUGGAUCGAGGGCUUGAAGCAAAACGAAUGGGUUCCAGUACAAAAGCAAUCUCUAUCAGAUUGGUGGCAGCGAAAAAACAAGACUUCCUUGCAUGACGGUGACGCCCCUGCAUCGAAGCCCCAGAGUGAAGUGGAUUCAGAAUCAGUGCUGUUAGAGCGAGUUGUGCAACGGGCCUUGUAUUGCUGUUUUGAGAACCGUACUGGCUUGGAAUAUGAAAGAGAUAUGGCCAGUUUGGCAGAUCUUUGUCCUGGGAUGUUCGGGACCACUUGUCGUGGCCGGGAGUUUUACACAAAUGUCAUCCACUUGGCCGCUACAUCGAUGCGCCACCUGGACGGACUAGACCUAUCUCUAGCACUUCCAGGGCUCGGUAUUUGUUCGGACGUGAGCCUCAUGCUUGACCCUGUUUCAUUAGGCACUGGAACUUUCGCGAGACAUGGAACGACCUUGGUGCUCUGCGUGGCCAGCAUCAGUGCACACACGCACCGAAUACAGAGCAUAUUUCUAGAUGCCCCAACCAUGUCCAUGCAAGGGCAUACGGGUGACAGCGUCAGGGACUUGGCCCUGGAAACCAUGAAAAAUCACCCAGCUUCCUUGAGCAUGGCAGCUUUGAAAGGUAGAUUGUGUUGCGUGACUGGCGAUGGUGCUUUAUGUCAAGGCGGUCGUCUCGCACAACAUUCUUCGAGCGGAGCCUGUGAGAAAAUUUGGGUUGAAAUUCAUCCAGGUGAAGUGUCUCAUUGCACUACGUGGGACAGAUUCCACCAAGUCGAUCGUGCAGUCUGGAAGUCCAUAUUAAAGUGCAGCGCGGCAGAAGAAAUUUUUGACAUUGCUGCAGCUCUUGACUCAUUGUUUGGCAUUGGAGAAGGCAAGCUCUUGUUAAGAGCCGUAGGCGAAUUGCUUCCUGUUGAUCAGGACAAACCGCAAAGCACCAUGCGUGCAGGCGGCACGCGCAAAGUGGGGCACUUAAGCAAGGUACCAGGCAACAUUGUGCGAAAUCUGCCAGCUUACAUCCUCGGCCUCCAUGGCCGCAUAGCGUGGAAAAGGUCAGGGCAUGGAAAGCAGACCCUGGCAACUUUGCUGUCAUCGGCCUUCGAGAGCUGUGUGCGACCAUAUGUUUUGGCCUCCCAGAAAGCGGUCGAGCCGUGGGUCCUUCGCAAAGCCGAAAUGCGCAUGUUGCAAAAUAUUGAUCGUAUGGUGGCCAGUAUCCAAGAGGCUAGCAAAUUCCUUGCAAUCCUUGCGCUGCUUCGCCCGCAUUUGUCAAGAGCAGAGGUUGCUCGAUUCAUCGUGGCGCGGUCUAGCCAAUCGUCUGCUCGACUGAUUUUUGAGUUUUGGUUGCGCCUGCCUGGAUUGGUCACCAAAAGCCCGCCCAUGCUGGGCAAGUGCGCCUUGCAACAGCAAGAUUUGCCAUUGGAACAGGGCUCCAUUUGUCUUAGCCCGCAUUGCCAGUGCGCGAGCAAAUUAGCUCAUUUGAACAACGCUGCCAAGCCAGAAGAAUUGCCUUUGAUUUCGGUAGUGAGAGCUUCCCGGAAGAGGAAAAGACAUCGCGAAAUUCCUGUUCCAGUGUGGGUGGCUUAUGGGGCUGCAAUCGCAAGCACCAGCCAAGAUACAGCUACAGAGGCCCAAACUCCAAGAUUUCAGGUGUGUCCUACUCCAAAGCCAACAGGCAUACCAGACAUGUUUCGCAGAAAGGGGUGCCAGGUGCCUAUCACAGUGUACCAGCAGCAUGCAGACAUACAAGCUUCUUUAACGUCAUCUUUGGGCUUUCUGAAGAAUUUGCAAGAAAACAUCAAAGCCGCUCUUGGCGAUGCUGGCGUGAACGAGCACAUGCAGCGUCUCCUCUCUGACGCAUGUGAAGCUUGGGAUUGGGACUUCCUGUUGCACAAUAAACCUUUAAACCGACAUGUGGAUGCUUUCAUGAGACUGGUGGACUCUCUCAAGUGCACUUUAGAUCACAGUGCGUGGCCAGAUGAGAACUUGUGGCCUGGCAUUCGCAGAUCCUGGAGCAAAAGGGGUGAACUUAUUUUGUCGUAUGGCAUGCUUUUGAAGCGGGUGCGGAUGGUUGCCCAAACGCAGUAUGCAACAUCGAAUGCUUCGGGUAUCCCUGCAGAUGUCUUGUUGUCCGCUGCUGCCUGGAGCACGCCCUCCAUGUGCUUGGUGUCUCCAUGCUGGGUCUUUAGCCCUUUGUUGCAGUGCUUCCAGGCUGUUUUCAAAUCCAGUCUGUAUGCGACCCGAACUGCUACGCUGGUGUCCGCUUUCCUGGGCAAAUUCGACAGCCUUGAUUUUCCCAGUCAACCUGAGCUAAGUGUGAGUGCCACUUCUUUGUUUCCUGUGUCUUGCCGGAUCCAAUGUAGUUUUGUCUAUUUUGCAAUAAUUUAUAUAAAGAACAUAAAGAGAACGGUGUCCUUCCAACAUUUUUGUGUGGAGGCAACCUGUCGCACCAAUCUCCGCCGAAGAAAGCGUGUGCUGCACGACCCUCGAGCAAUCUCUGUGGGAAGUAUUCUUUCGCUGGCAAACAAUGCUGGUCGACCUCGCAAGCUCGUUCUUGUCGUUGAAGUACAGUUUGCAAUCAACCAUCAGGCCGUGUCGCUCGCGCUGGAUAAACACCGUUUUUUUUGCCAUGGGGCACAACACUGUGGGGAAGUAUCGCAGUAAAGAAAUUGGGUGGCAUGCUGCUCGAAUUCAUCAUCAUUGCCGCUUGCUCGAUCCUCCCGAACAACCAUGCGAGCAUGUUGGAAGCUUGUUGCACGGAGCAUGGAACCCAUCUCAAAAUUAUGCACCUCAACCUUUGAUCGACCAAGCCCUUCUGAAGCAAGCUCGCGUAUCUUGCAUCUUUGGAUCUCCUCGAGACCGCUUGCUCGUCAAAAUUGUGUGCCAGAUUCUUGAGAAAGCUAAAAUUCGGGUGUCUAGCAACCAGAGAGCUCUGCCAGUACAACAAAUCCAGGCCAUGCGUGUGGCUGCCCAAGAAGCGGGGCGGUGCUAUGAUGGAUUGUUUGGCCACGCCUCGAUGGAUAUUCUGGAAGUUGCUAUUCCAGACGAGUGGGUUGGCUCUUCCUGUUUGAAGACCCGGGACAUCCGCGAAUCUCGGAGACGGAGCCUGCAUGAUUCUCUCCCUGUGGAUUUGCCAAGCACCAUUUCUGAAGCAUUGAAGCCAUAUGUCGGUAAAGAAAUUCUUGAGCCACCACCAAUGACUGUACGAUUGUCAAAACAAAAAAUGCGCAAUUCGGCGCCUUCUUCCAAGAAGGCUGCUUUGGCAGAAUGGCUGGAAAGCUCAGAAGGGCAGCUUUGGAGAAAGGAAAG